AACUGUUAUAGAUGUUCAAUAAACCGAUUGGACAGGCAACUUCCUUCUCCUUAGGUGGUGGAGGAGGACUGUUCGGAGGGGGAUCUCAAAUCCAGCAAACUCCCGCAACUGGAGGAGGUCUCUUCGGAUCGCAGCCUCAAACUCAAAACACCGGAUUCCUUUUUGGACAGCCUCAACAGCAGCAACAACAACAGCAACAGACCACGACUUUCGGUGGCUUUGGAGGCGGCCUUUUGGGAGCAAGUCAACCUCAGCAACAACAGAAUGCCUUCUCGUUUGGAGGUACAGGCUCUACUAACCUAUUUAAUAGACCAAACACUACAUUCGGAGUCGGUCAACCGCAGGCCACCACAAGCACCGGAGGUCUUUUCGGUCAGAAUACCACCUUCAAUUCUGCCACAGCCCCAGUGGGAACCACAAUUAAGUUUGCUCCUCUAUCUGGACAAGAUACGAUGAUGAAGAAUGGAAUAAGCACGAGUGUCUCAACUAAACAUUUGUGUAUAACUGCUAUGAAAGAGUAUGAUUCGAAGUCAUUGGAGGAGUUGCGGAUGGAGGACUACGCUGCCAAUCGAAAAACGGGAACACUCGCGAUGUCGGGAGGAGGUCUUUUUGGAUCAUCAACUGUUGCUCAGCCUGCUGGCGGUGGGUUAUUUGGCGGGGGUGCCGCAACUACUGGCCAGACUUCGACUGGAUUUGGCGGAGGUCUUUUCGGCUCCACCACUCAACAGAAACCUGGAGGUCUGUUUGGUGGAACAUCAACUGGCGGAGGAGGCUUGUUUGGAGGUCAACAGCAGACAGGAUCUCUAUUUGGAGGUCAAUCCAAGCCAGCUACCGGUGGACUUUUUGGAGGACAGACGCAAACUUCAACAGCUGGGGGUUUAUUUGGAAGCACGGGUACCUUUGGCCAGCAACAACAAACAACCGGAGGCCUCUUUGGAUCAAAUUUUGGAGCACAGAACAAGGGUUUGACCCUUAACACAACUACCACCGCUUCUAUGUUCAAUUUUGGAGGGUCCACUACAACUUCACAAGCUGGAGGGCUUUUCGGUGCAACGCAAAACAAGCCAUUAUUCGGCGGAACUACUGGUGGAUUUGGCACAGCUGGAACUUCAACUGGCGGCGGUUUGUUUGGAGGUGGUCAGACCAGUACUGGGGGCGGGCUUUUCGGGAAUAAGCCUCUUGGAUUUGGAACAACUACGAGUACGGCUGGAGGCGGUCUUUUUGGAGCCCAGCCUCAACCGAAUGCCUUGGGACAAACUGGGUCACUUUUUGGAGGUGGACUAGGAGCAUCUACCCAGCAGCCGACUCUAGGCGGAGGACUAUUCGGGGCCCCAUAUACGGGGACAGGGUUAAAUUUCAACAAUCAAGUGGCUGCUCAACCAGUGCAGCUGCUGACUGAUCAAGCAACAGCAAAUGCUCAGCAUCAAAUGUUACAGCAACAGAUUCUAGGCCUAGCGAUGAGUCCUUACGGGGACUCGCCUCUAUUUCGAAACUCUCUAAUAGACAGCAAAUCUAAGAAAGAUGAAAUCACAAAGCCGAUCAACCCGUCGUCUCAGAAACCUUAUCUCUCGCCUGCGCAGCAUAAAAUCGAAUCGAAGCCAACUCUGAAAGUGAAAACAAACUCGUCUUUGAAACACGACAAGUUAUUUGAUGGGCUAGAUGAAGAGGAUUCGAAAUCUCCCCGACAAAGUUUUGUCCCCCGAAAGAACCCAAAAAAGUUGGUAAUUAAUGAAAAACAGGACAUGUCAUUUGCAAAUUUACCACUUUCAGUCUCUCUAAACAUGUCACAGGGAAGUUUGAAUUCAAGUGACUUGGUGAAGGGAAACCCGCAAGCUUUAGCAUUAUCGUUCCUGCUGUCUUCAGACAAAAGUUCGCCAUUACUCGGUCGAGAAUCAGCAGGAGCUAAAAUGCAAACUCCGAGUCGAGUCAACAGCGGUACUUCUAUGAGCAAAGAGCGAGAAACUUCAAGUGAAAGUGCUGAAAAAUCAACAAAGAAGAAACAAACCUCGUUUAACGACGAAAUAUCUCUAGAAUAUCCGAUUACUGCGACUGAAAGUACGACAAUUGAGUUGAGUGACGAGACCCCUAGAACGCAAAAAUGGGCUACGAAAGUGCCGACUCUGGGCGGAGUUUUGAGUGACAAAAACACCCCACCCGCUGUCACGCCUAUACGUCCGGUAGAAUCAUCUGUUCAACGUAGUUCAUCGAAUGCUGUGAAAACUGUUAACACUUCGACUGAAAGCGUGAACAGUCCUCUGACAGAUAUUAGAGAAGGUUUGAACCAAUCGAGAAAUUCGGAGAAGGAAAACUCCGGUAGUCUGAGACGCGCUCCUAUUACCAGUCCCAAGCUUACCAGCGAGAGUAGCGAAAUUAUAUCGAAGCCGAAAAGUGCAAAACUAGCUGUGAAACUUACACGCCCUGAGUACUUCACUGACCCUGAGAAGAGUGUUUUGGAUGAUAUCUUGCAGAAAACAGGAAAAUGCGUGGUCGAAAAUUUCACAAUUGGUAGAGUAGGAUACGGAAGUGUCCAUUUUCCAGGAAAAACAGAUAUUACUGCAAUGGAUCUGGACGAAAUUGUUCAUAUCAGAAGAAAGGAAGUUACUGUUUACCCGGACGAUGAACAAAAACCCCCUCUUGGGUAUGGCCUGAACAAAAAAGCCGUCGUAACGUUGGAUAAAGUUUGGCCUAAUGACAAAAGCUCUCAUUUGCCCAUCACAUCGCCUCAGAAGCUAUCCUUGAUGGGCUAUCAAGAUAAAAUUGAAAGGUCAACUGCGAAACUGGAAGCGAAGUUCAUAGAGUACAGACCCGAAACCGGAUCGUGGGUAUUUGAGGUCAAACAUUUUUCCAAAUACAGUUUGGCGGAUGAAAGUGACGAUGAAGAUAGCGACACUGCGAGAAAAGGUGCGCCAGCUAUUCAAGCAAGAAGUAAAACACUUGGCUCGGCAUCUGCUCCGGAUGAAACUUAUGUAGUGGCUAAUCCCUCUAUCAAGAAAGUAGGUGGAUUUACUGCAAAAACGAGAACGGGAUCGAACAAAGAUUCAAUUGGAGUAUCUUCUCGUGGUUUAGGUGGUGGGGACUCUUUGUCAAGUGAGUUUUACCCGACCUAUGAUGUAAUUUCUGACACUGAGAGAACGGAUAGGUUGAACAAUAAUUCAAAGUUCUCAGGUGAGUUCGGAAUGGGGCACAGUUUCUCGCUCUCUCGUCAAGGACUCAACAGCGGUUCGAUAAGCUCAAUGAUAUCGCAAAGGCUCUCCAAGUUGGAUCCAAUGCAAGACGCUCUAUUCGCAAUUCCUGAAGAUUAUGGAUCUCAUGAGGACGAGGAUCCGUGGUCUCGAUCGAAAUUGAAGCGCAAAUCAAACUUGGGACAAAAAGAAAGAGCCGAUUAUUUGAUGAAGAAAUAUCGAUUAGAGAAAUUUGAAAAGACGCGAAGUGAAAAUCUCCAGGAAAAUGUCCCGAAUUUUGAAGGAAUUGACCUGGAUGCAAUGGCUGAACUGGACUUGAAAGAAGCAAACCCUUUAGAAGGUGUUGGCAAUAAUGCCCAAUUCAGGGUUUCUUGGAAAAACUCUGAACAAGCUAUUUCGUGUCCGAUUUCACACAGCUUCGCCCAGAAGAUUUCGCUGUUUAAGAAAAAAGAGGCGUCCUUCCAAGUCAUUGUGAGCAAUGUUUUCACUCCUGAAAAUAACUCAUUCGACGCUGAGAUGACUCAAAAUGUGCUGAAAAAAGUGUUCGAUUUCAGCGCAAGUGAUAUGAGCGAAUACUUUCCAUGCUUCAGCAUAAUGGAGACAACAGAUUUUGUUGAAGACUUGGACGCAGUUGUCACUGAAAAUGGAUCGUUCAAACAAGCAGUGACUCUUUCAAAAGCUCUUUUCGGCCGAAUUGAUCGUGAGUUGCUGCAGCCGAAUCCAACAGGCGACUCUUACGAAGUUCGGCAGUAUAGGAGAAAAGCUUUUUCUGAUUGGCUGACGACUGCUCUCGAAGAAGAGUUAUGUAAUGAUUACGCAACCACUAAAAAAUCCAUGAGUCAAAUAGAUGUGUUUGAACAAAUUUUGAUGUUCUAUUCAUGUAAUCAGAAAGAAAAAGCGCUCAGAGCUGCUCUGAAUGCGAAUUGUCCCCGCUUGGCACUAAUAUUGGCACAAGAUAACACAUCAGAAUUUCGAAAAACGAUAGCUCUACUCGAAACAGAGCUGAACAAUUUGAAUUUGCCCAAACAUAUGAAUUCGAACUACGUGAUGCUGCUGAAACUUCUGUCUGGAGAUAUUUUUUCAGGCAAUAUUGAAAAUAGCGAUGAAUUGUGCACCGAAUUUUUCCAGACGUUUUCCUGGAAAAGAGCGCUGGGAGCGUGUCUUUGGUUUUUGACCGAUCAGAACUCGUCAAUUGCCGAGGUUGUAAACUUGUAUGAAACUUACUGCAAUUCGGGAAUUAUGCAGCGACCUUUCGUCACGUUGGAAGAAACAGAAAACAAUCCGCUGGACUAUUUUGAUGCUUCUUAUUACAUUCUACAGCUGUUCGUGGAGCCGACUUCAAAACCAGAAGACGUUCUGAACCCUUUGACUUUUGGGCACAAUAUCACCGACUAUCUAGCGGCGUGGUCUUUACUAAUGAGUUUGAACACUCUUGGGUUUAUAAAUAUUGAAGUUAAGUCUAGAAAUAGUGUUAUUACUAGCUUUGCUUGGCAAUUAGAACGUGAACAAUUAUGGCAAUGGACAGUUUUUGUGCUCAGUUUUCUGAAAGCGGACAAAGCUCGAAAAAGUUCUAUCCAGAAUUUAUUGGAUCGAAAUUGUUCCGCAAGUGAACAGUUUUCAAACCAAGAGCAGUUUCUGGUUGAACAACUUGGUUUCGAUUUCUCAACAAUUCGAAGAAGUAAAGCACUGAGGGCUAAGAUGGAAGGUGAUUAUAACAUGGAGCUCCAUCAUUUAGUUGAAGCUCAAGACUGGAAUGAAGUUCAUUCUAUGUUGGUCUUCCAAGGAUUAGCAGCUGAUCUUUACUUCGAUCAAAGCACUGACACUCUGAUGAAUAUUUUGACAAACCUAGAUGCGAAUUCUUUUGCGAUUCCGAAUUGGCGCACUCAAGGUGGAAUUUUGUUCGACUAUUUUGUACUAAAAGAGUCGAGACAAAAUUUGACCCACAGGCUGAACACCUCAAAUGACGAUGAUGUGACGGAUUUAUUGACAAGCGUGCACGAUUCGUAUCUGUUAAUAGCGAGAAAGUUGCCUGAAUUCCCAGUUAAAACGGAUCGUAUGAAAUUUUUACUGGCUGAGAUUUCAGAAAGCGUGUUGGUUGGUGUCCGUGAUUUGAGUAAAUUUGACUGUUCUUCAAUGGCCUUGGAAGACAUAAAGAAAGUGCCGCUUUUCAAUGAUCAAAUUGUAGCUCAGUUGAACUAUUUGGGAUCUGACACUGUCAAGGUCAUGACUGAAGAUGAAGACGAAGAAAGCAUGAACGAAAACUUUGAAGAUAAUGAACAGAUUGAUGAUCGCUCGUUCUCCAGAAGCAGUUUCAGCUAAAAAUCUAAAACGUUUUGAAUGUGAUAUAAAAUAAAGUUCAAUUAAACCAACUGAAUCUACGAUGCUACUGUUUAUUUUGUCUUUUUUGAAGAAUUUUAAAAUUCUCAUGAGUAGCUAAUCCUAUUGUUUUUCUGAGCAAUGAUAUCUGAUUCGCUUUGAUAUUCAAAUGGCCUGUUAAUUAGUUGAAACGCCGCUGCUAGUUUGUUGUGAGUUUUUGAGAUAUUUGAUUAAUUUUAAUUUCAUAUCAAAUUCA